UAACUCUGUAGCUUGAUGUCUGACUAAGUGUAGAGUACUUGUCAUGUCGCCGUGUAGACAAUGUGAGUCGUAUGUUAGGAGAGUUACUCAGUUAGAGGUGGAACUAAAGGAGUCCCAGGAGGAUAGGAACUUUGUUAAAACUCUCUGGAGACAGGUACAAUCGGAGCAUGCAGACAUUGGAUUGAUAGUAAACACGGUGCUGGAUAGAGUAGCCCAACAGAAUGAAGAUAAAGAUAACAAUAUUCUACAAAUACUUCAAGAUAAAGAUGCUCACAUAGCCUCCCUUACUCAAGAGGUGUCUUGGUUGAGCGGCUCGCUAGAGCAGGAGCGAGAGGAGGCAGUGAGGUUGAAAAAGGAGUGGGAGGAAAAGCAGGAUGAUCUGAACGAGCUUAUUAGUGAACUUGAGGAGCAGAUCGCUGUUAAAAACCUGCAGAUCUUUGAUCCUGCCAAACAGGAGAGAGAAGUGUUGGCAGAGAAGCUGGACCAGAAGAAAAGUAGUCUUGAAAAACAGUUACUUAACAUGCGUACUGAUCUGAAAUCAUGUGUUUCACAGAUGGACUCGCUCAAAAGGAGACACGAGGAGCAGGUCGAGGAGAACUGUAAUCUAAAGAAUGUGUUGGAGUCUAAACAUGUAGAGACGGAGUCUCACAAACUGAUAAUCUCCGAGUUGAAGGAGAACCUCGCUCAGAGGAAAGAGGAAUCAGCUCUACUCAGACAACAGCUCCAGCUCACUGAGGCAGACGCUGCUGGUGCUCUUAGAGCUCUGGAGAAGAGUGACAAGGCACUGAGGGAAACUGAACAGGAGGGGCUGGUAAGAGAGCAGACAGCACACCAAAAGGAGGAGAAACAUCGCUCUUCUCUGGAGCUCCUUCACGACACUAUAGCUCAACUAGAGGAACGUGUUACUGAGCUGGUCAAACAGGAGCAGGAUAUCAGAGAGGAAUGUUUAAAGUUGAAAAGAGCGGGGUGUGAGGGAUGUAGUGACCUGAAAGCAGCGUUACAGAUCAAGGAGAGGGAGCUGAGAGAGGGGGAGAAGGGUCUGGAACUUCUGUCACUUGUAAGAGACAAGUGUGCUUCUUAUCUCACCAGACCUCUCGCUUCACAGGACAUCCCUGAUGUGGUAGAUAUAAUACUGGGCGAUGUUGCAGCCUGUAAUGAAGACUUGGAACGCUCCUCCAAGCUGAUCAAGCAGCUGCAGAUUAACUGUCAGGAGAAAAGUGUGGGACUGGCAAAACUUCAAGAAGUUCACGACAACCGAUUAGAGCGAAUGAGUAAUCUGCAAGAGCACUUGAGCGAAGUGCUGGACGAAGUGAAGGCUCUAGACAAAGACAGAUGGAAGGAUCUGAGCUGUGACUUUAGGGAACUUCACCACAACCCCCAACCCCUCAGACAUGAGGACAGUUCCACAGUUUGGGCGGAUCUGGCUCACUAUAAGACGGGUUGUUCCAAGUUGAAACGAGAGUUAGAUAGGCGGCAAGAAGAACUAGAUCAACUCAAGUUACAGCGGGUCUUGGACAUCAACACUUUUAAUGAAAUGAAAGCAGCAGUAUUGGCUGACCAACAGGAAUGCGAGAGAAAGUUACGUGUUGCUAAUCAUCAGUCCAUUUGCGGGUGUAACCUACAACUCGAGAUACACCGUGAUAAGAUAGAAGAACUAUCAGAACGAACGGAAGCUUUAAACUCGGAGAACAUAAAGCUGAUAUCAGCGUUAAAAGCCGCGCACUCCAGAGUCUCAACGCUGGAAGAUUGUGUAUGUGAUUUUGAGGACUCUUCCACUCAGACUAGUGUUCAGAUAACAGCUUCUGUUGGGACUGUUACUGAUAAUAUUAUACAGGUGAAAGAUAACAGUAACCAUGGUAACAGUGAUAAUUUCUCCAACACCCUGACUCUUCUGAACAAGUUAACAGUUGGUAACCAUGGUAACACAGCAGAGCAGUACAACACAGUUGCUAAUCAGGAGAAUAUAGCCCCCUCCUGUCCCACCAAACCUAGUAAUACAGCGCGUAACAAGACUACUAAGAGAGCUGUGUGCACUAAAACUAUAGGUUGUCAGACAAUAACCCGCCCCCCUGUAAAGGUUCUGCAGAAAGCUCCAGCUGCUCUCAAGAUUAGACUGGCUUCUCUUAAUCAACAAGUAGCCGUGCUUACCAAGGCUAAAAAUAGACAUUCCAAGGAGAUGGCUGAGGAGGCAGGCAAAGUAGAGCGAUUAGAGUCCCAACUAUCCACUGCACUCCGGCAACUUUCCUCUUCUCAGCACCUCGUGACAGGACUAAACGAGGACGUGAGGGCAGCCAAUCAGGAGACACAGAAUCUACGAGACCAGAUGCAGGAGAUUGAGAGAAGUGGGCUGCGGCAAAGUGAACUGGCUACUUUACAAGAAAAGACUGUGGAGAUCAGAAAACUAAAUCACCACAACAAUCUGUUAUCUUCACAGAUAUCAAAAAUUAACUCUAACUUGUCAGAUAUGGAGAAAGAAGCAGAGGAUAAGAGUCUUAAAGUUGCAAAAUUAGAAGAGAAGUUAUUGAGAAGCGAGAAGAUAGUAAAACAACAGAGAUCUGAUAACGAUCUCAUUCGACAAGAAUUAGCUACAGUUAGAUCCUCAACUCAGCAACACAGCAACAAGACUGAGGAACUUACCAAACGACUCAAGAAAAUUCAGGAGGUAUCAGACAACAGGAAGAACUACAUAGAUACACUAAAGUCCCAGCUGAGCAAUGCUAAGAUUAACCUAGAACAAGCGACAGCUCGUAGCGCUGAAAGUAAAGCUGAACUGGAUAAUAAAACUAGGGAGCUGAGAGGACUGACCAGGAAACUUGACGGACAGGAUAAACUAAUAUCUGAAGUUCAGGUGAUGGCAUCCCGCCAGCUGGAGGAUCAGGGGAGAGAGUUCUGUACGGUGGAAAACGUCCUGAACAAGAAACUUACUGUUUUGAGCAAGAGAACUAUGGAGUGGGAGAAGUGCAUACGACAAGCAAUAGGGAAAAUAGUGGACAAGAUAAAGCAGGAGAAAGACAGAAGGACAGUAGCCAGCAGUUUGAGUAGUGUUGAGUAUAACCGAGCAAAACACCUCUCCUCCUCUCUCCUCCAACUGAGCGAGGCUGACUUCCACGACAUCAUGAGCUCUACUAAAGUUAACAACACCUCUAGCUCCGAAUCUGCUGAAGUCUGGAAGGGACAGCUGGCUAAGAUACUCAGUCUAGACGACUUUGGGCCCGUUUUAGCUAACAGUCUUUUCCAGCUUUUCCAGGAAUACGCUAAAGUCUUGUCAGGUGAGAACAGUGAGUCCUCCAUCCUGACUGGAAACAGUCGAAGUCUCACACAUUCCAGUGAGCUGAACUCUAGUUACCAUGGCAGCUCUGAUCACACUCCCGUCUCUGAUCACACCCACGUCACACUCAAUUAAUUCAGUUCCAAGACAAUUUGCUUCAGUUUUAUUUACCAAUUUUUAUUUUAGUUUUGUAACAUCAGAAUAUUUAAAUAUGACCUUUAUUAUAUUAUUUCUCCGUACAUAUCAAAAUUACUGUAUUAUAAACUUUAACAUUUUUUAUAAAUAUUUUUGUUGUACAA